UUGAUUUAAAAAAAGAGGACGAAGAAGACCAACUUCCGUUAGUUUGGCAGUGACCGGAAAUAAACAAAACCAGACAAGCUCAGAGGAGGGAAGGAGAGGUAGCUCAGAUAACAGAGCUCCUGCAGCAAGUGACAUUAAUACUCGUGGUGUGGAUUGUAUGUUGCUGAGCACGCAGUGAUCGCCAUCAUGAUGACAACCAAGAGACUAGACAAUUUUGAGGUGGUGUGUGAGUGGGCUUCAUGCAACUUCAAGGGCCGCACCAUGGAGGAGCUGAGCGAUCAUAUGUCACUGCAUUUAAAUGACUACCUGGGAGACAACGAUGCCUUAGAAGAGCUGGAGGAGUAUGCUUGUCUCUGGAAUGGAUGUGAAUUUGUAUCCAUGGGUAGCCCUGUGGAGCUGGAGGUCCAUGCCUACUUCCACAACUACCACGGUAAGCUCAAGUUCGUCGGGUCACAGCUGCUCAAGUCCCGCCCUGAUCUGCCCAGCUGCAACCAAGGCUUGCACAGCAACAACCUGGUUCCUGAAGGAUCAGAUGGAUACGUUUGCCAGUGGGAGCAUUGUGAUAGUACAUUUAACAAUCCUGAGUGGUUCUACCGACAUGUGGACAAUCACGUUGAAAGUGCUGAGCCGCAAUCUUUCCAACAACAUCAGCUGGCUCUCUUCUGCCCCUGGUCAGGCUGCGAUGCUUUCUUCAAAAUCAGAUACCGUUUGAGAGAACACAUGCGGAGCCACACUCAGGAGAGACUCGUAGCGUGUCCUACAUGUGGCAGCAUGUUCUCCAGCAACACCAAGUUGUUUGACCACCUACACAGACAGGCUGAGCCAGUAGAGUCUCUGGUGUGUGAACAUUGUGGCAAAGCUUUUUCCAGCGAGAGGCUUUUGAGGGAUCACGUUCGUCAACAUGUGAAUCAGGUGAAGUGUCCCUUCUGUGACAUGACCUGCACCACUUUGGCAGCUCUGAAGAUCCACAUCAGGUUCCGCCACUGUGAUGAGCGGCCCUUCCCAUGUGACUUCUGCGACAAAAGAUUUAAGAACCAGCGCGAUCUACAAAAGCACACAGAGGUUCACAACGAGGGCACUGUGUAUCACUGUACGGUGGAGGGUUGUGAUUAUUCGUGUCACACAUUCCAAACCAUGAGCCACCACUACAAGAGAGUACACGAGGUCGGGGGGAUGUCCAAAUAUAAAUGCCAUAUCUGUGAUAAGGUCUUCUCCUGGUGUUACACUCUCACACUUCACCUUCGCAAGAAGCAUGAGCUGAAAUGGCCCUCUGGACAUUCCCGCUUUAGAUACAGGAAGGAUGUAGACGGCUUCCUAAAAGUAAACAUGGUGCGGUUUGAGACCGUGGAAGUGACGAAGGAGAUCAUGAAGAACAUGGCCAAAAAGCCACAAAGCCUUCGGAAAAGCCAGAGAACCAGCAGCCGGAACAAGAGGGCUGCGGUCGCGCCAGAGAGCGGCCGAAGCUCUCCCGCAGGAUCCUCCUCGCCCUCCUCCAGCUCCUCGUCCUCGUACUCCUCAGAGCUCUCUGGAGGUGAGGACGUUUCAUCCCAGCCCAGCCCCAGAGGCAGUGACUCUCCUGUGUACUGUGUCAUGAGCACCAUCCCUCACAUUGAGGAGGAGGCUGGAGGAUUAUCGCAGGAGGACUGCGAUGGCAGUGGGACAUCUGGAGCAGUCCAGGCCCUGACGGAGGUGGCGAGGGGUCUGGGCAUGGACGUGGUGUGAUUCCUCCUCGCUGCACUGCACCAUGCAUCCAUCACAGGCACUCUUGUAACUGUUCUGCAAUGACAUUGAUUUGCCUCUUGUAUUUUUGCUGUGUAGCUGCCAGUGAAGACUGGAACAGUUUUUUUUUAGAGUGGUGUUACAUUGAGAUGGUUAUCUCUGCACUGGUUUUGGAGACGACAUUUUCAUUAUAGCCACUCUUAUUAACUC